GGGCGGGCCUUCCGGGCGUGUGUUUCCGGCGUCGGCGGCCGCGGCCGGGGACGGUGUGAGAGCGGUAAGAUGGCGGCGGCGGCGGUGGUGGAGUUCCAGAGAGCCCAGUCUCUACUCAGCACCGACCGGGAGGCCUCCAUCGACAUCCUCCACUCCAUUGUGAAGCGUGACAUUCAGGAGAAUGACGAGGAGGCAGUGCAGGUCAAGGAGCAGAGCAUCCUGGAACUGGGGUCUCUCCUGGCCAAGACUGGACAAGCUGCAGAGCUUGGAGGACUCCUGAAGUAUGUGCGACCCUUCUUGAAUUCCAUCAGCAAGGCUAAAGCCGCUCGUCUGGUCCGAUCUCUUCUUGAUCUCUUUCUUGAUAUGGAAGCAGCCACAGGACAGGAGGUCGAGUUGUGUUUAGAGUGCAUCGAAUGGGCCAAAUCAGAGAAGAGAACUUUCUUACGCCAAGCUUUGGAGGCAAGACUGGUGUCUUUGUACUUUGAUACCAAGAGGUACCAGGAAGCAUUGCAUUUGGGUUCUCAGUUGCUUCGGGAGUUGAAAAAGAUGGAUGACAAAGCCCUUUUGGUGGAAGUACAGCUUUUAGAAAGCAAAACCUACCAUGCCCUGAGCAACCUGCCAAAAGCCCGAGCUGCCUUAACCUCUGCUCGAACCACAGCAAAUGCCAUUUACUGCCCCCCUAAAUUGCAGGCCACCUUGGAUAUGCAGUCAGGUAUUAUCCAUGCAGCAGAGGAGAAGGAUUGGAAAACCGCAUACUCAUAUUUCUAUGAGGCUUUCGAGGGUUAUGAUUCCAUCGAUAGCCCCAAGGCCAUCACAUCUCUGAAGUACAUGUUGCUGUGCAAAAUCAUGCUCAACACCCCAGAAGAUGUCCAGGCUUUGGUGAGCGGGAAGCUUGCACUUCGGUAUGCAGGGAGGCAGACAGAAGCAUUAAAAUGUGUGGCUCAGGCGAGCAAGAACAGAUCACUGGCAGAUUUUGAAAAGGCCCUGACAGACUACCGGGUGGAGCUCCGGGACGACCCCAUCAUCAGCACACACUUGGCCAAGCUGUAUGAUAACUUACUGGAACAGAACCUGAUCCGAGUCAUCGAGCCCUUUUCCCGAGUACAGAUUGAACACAUAUCUAGCCUCAUCAAACUCUCCAAGGCCGACGUGGAAAGGAAAUUAUCACAGAUGAUUCUUGACAAGAAAUUUCAUGGGAUCUUGGACCAGGGGGAGGGUGUCUUGAUUAUUUUCGAUGAACCCCCAGUAGAUAAAACGUAUGAAGCUGCUCUGGAAACAAUUCAGAACAUGAGUAAAGUAGUGGAUUCCCUCUACAACAAAGCCAAGAAGCUGACAUAGAGUUGGAUCUGUAGCGGUCCUUUGGAGAGUGUGUGUGGCGGGAGAGUGAAACCUUUGGGGAAAAUGCUAGGAGAUUCUUUUUUCUUUCUGUUCUACUUUUCGCUCGGAAAGUUUUUAAAUCCUCAUUUGGUGCAUCUGUAUUCCAGCCGAUAGGUGUGCCAGUUUUCAUGUAAUCUUUACUGGCCCGACUUGGGAGUGGGGAAAUUGCUUAAAAAAAAAGAAAAAGAAAAAAAAAAAAAGGUUAUUCUAAAUAAAAGGAAAAAGGCUUACACUACCUAAAGCUGUGCUCUCUGCCUCCCGGGAGAGGGCUGCCAAGCCAGGCGCUCCACCAGCCACCAGGGCUCCUAACCUACCCGCUGGGCGUCACCUUGCCUCCUCUUCCGAAUUGGGUGUUUGCCUGACCAUCAAAGCAACGACUUUUUAUUCUGUUUGUACUGAACCAAAACAAACAACUGUGUAUAGACUGCUCUUUUCUUUUUUAUUUGAAAAUGAGGCGUUUCGGUGUUCUGUCCCCUGCCCUACGGCCUGUCCGCCUGCCCUUCCCCGACAGUGGCCCCAGCAGACUGGCCGAAGGUCCCGCCGCCGCCGCCGCAGCAGCAGCGCCCGCACGGCUCCGCUCAACCCGGGAAGGAAUGGACGUGGCCGGGAGCUCGUGCCCGCCGUGGCCACACGGGGAGCAGUGUGGGCCCUCAGGGGCCUGCUGUGCAUGUGGCUCUUUUUAACACAGUAAACUAGAUUAGACGUCAGUGUUUUAAUUGCCCCCCUCCUCUGCUCUUUUCUGUCUCUCCCUCCUUCCCGCCCCCGCCCUCCCCAGCCAGACGACCACCCCAUGUCUCCCUCCCUUCCUCCUCUGCCCCCAGGGGAGUCCGGCUGUCUGAAACCCUUCAGCUUCUCUUCCCGUCCCACCGCUCCUCUCCUGCUGUCAGAUGGAUUUAUUCCUUUUUUAAACAGUGAACGUUGGAAAUGAGACUGUGGGGUGUGGGUUUUUUUUUUCCUCCUCUUAAUUUUCGUUGUUGGGUUUUUGAGCAACCUCAUGUCCCCCUCCCAGGGAGCGUCUUUAUUUACCUCUUAGAAAUGGGACGGAUGGGAGGUCGAGCACUGUUUUCCGCAUGCUUUGUCUUACGAUGAGAUUAUAUAGCAAGGCUUUAAUGCCAUUUGGGCAGGUAAGCUUCUGCGCCUCUGUUGUGCUCAGCUGUAUUCUCUUCUUCCUCUCAUUUCCUCUCUCCCCUCUUUUUUCCUCUCCCCUUCCUCCUGCCUCCUUCCUUCCUGCUGCCUUCCUUUUAUCUUUCUUUCCCUUUCUCAGAUUAUCCUUCCAGGUUUUCGUAAUAAAUUUAUAUUUUGUAAGAGGAUUUUGUUGUACCAGGUUUUGCAUCCUCACUGAAUCUGACUGGCUUUUAUUUUCCUCUCCAAAAUCAGGUUUUUGCUCUCCCCAUCUUUCCCCAUCAUGUCCAGUCACUGUUUUGGUUUUGGCACCAUCAAUAUCAAAUGUACAAACGGUUCUUGCUAACCAACACCAGGUAUAUCUGAUGUUCAGAUGAGUUCCAAUAAAAACAAUUUUUUUUUUCAAAAA